UCACAGACAGUUUAAGCUCGACUUGCUGUACUCUGUUAACAUCAGACACCCUCCCACCCCAGUCAACUGACCAGUUACUUCUCACUUCUGGGCCCCUCCCAUGCUGACCUUUGCCCAUAAGCCUGAUUUUGGACCUUUGCUAAAUAUUUACCUGUCUUUCCAUCCAGGAGUUCAGCUCAGCGCAUGGUUGAAACGCAGAAACAAAAUGGCCAGCAACUUAAAGCUUUUAGUGAAAGGUGCAGAACAGGUGGUUUUAGUGUGUAAAAGUGGUGAGAAGUUUCUGACCAAAGAGGGGAUGCAGAAUUUGGCAAUCAUUGAGAACGGAAGUGUGGUGAUUGGACAUGAUGGACAGAUAAAAGCUGUGGGAUCAGCAGACUCCAUUGAGUCGCAGUUCAGAGACACUGUGUUUGAUAAGGUUAUAGAUGCUACUGGCAUGUGUGUCCUCCCUGGUUUGAUUGAUGCACACACACAUCCAGUUUGGGCUGGGGACAGAGUUCAUGAGUUUGCAAUGAAGCUUGCUGGAGCUACAUACAUGGAGGUGCAUGAGGCUGGAGGGGGCAUUCACUUCACAGUGAAGCACACACGUGCAGCACCUCCAGAAACUCUGCUGGAGGGGUUAAAGGGCCGUUUGGAGCGCAUGCUGAGAGCCGGCACUACGCUGGUGGAGUGUAAGAGCGGAUAUGGGUUGGACCUCAACACUGAGCUAAAAAUGCUGAGCGUUAUAGAUGCUGCACAGAGGAGCAUGCCUAUUGGGAUAUCCUCCACAUACUGCGGAGCCCAUGCCGUGCCCAGAGGUAAGACUAUGGAGGAAGCAACAGAGGACAUUCUGUCUGUGCAGCUGCCCGCUAUUCAGAAGCAAAUGACAGAAGGCAGCCUUCAGGUGGACAACGUUGAUGUGUUCUGUGAGAAAGGUGUUUUCGACCUCAACUCCACAUGCCGAAUUCUGCAGGCUGGUAAAGACAUGGGCCUCAACAUAAACUUCCACGGAGAUGAACUUCAUCCUAUGAACUCUGCACAGCUUGGGGCGAAACUUGCUGCUUUAGCCAUAAGCCACCUGGAGGAGGUGACAGAUGAGGGCAUUGCUGCCAUGGCAGCCGCCAAGACAUCAGCCAUCCUUUUACCAACCACUGCCUAUAUUCUCAGGCUCCCGUGUCCUCGUGCCAGAGAUAUGCUUGAUGCUGGAGUCAUAGUAUCACUUGGCAGCGACUUCAAUCCGAAUGCUUACUGCUGUUCAAUGCCCAUGGUGAUGCACCUGGCCUGCGUGACACUGAAGAUGUCCAUGCCUGAAGCUCUGGCAGCCGCCACCAUAAACGCAGCCUACGCCCUCAAUCGCUCCCACUCACACGGAUCACUAGAGCCCAGCAAACAAGGAGAUCUGCUCAUAAUUCAUGCACCAAGAUGGGAGCAUCUCAUUUACCAGUUUGGAAGCCAUCAGGAGCUUAUCAGAUUUGUCAUCAUCAAAGGCACCAUUGUUUAUGUGAACGACAAAGUUUUGGAUCUCUGAAUGUAAACAAAGGUGAUUUAUAAGAGUUACUCUCAUAAGGCAAAACAAUCCACAUGAAGCAAUCUAUUACAGUAACUGAAGUACUUACUUCACAUUACACGAUUUUGUAACCCUUACACAUAAAUAUAAAUAAUGAUAUGAAACAAUUGUUAAACGAGUUAAGGCAUUAGAGUUGUACAAACUGAAUGUCCUCCUUUAGUUUAAAGCGUUCCAACAAGUCACAGUUCAUUCCUCUGUAUGUCGGUAUGUUUUCCUUAGGUUUUGAACACUCACUUUGUGUCCCAGUGAUCUAACAACAUUUAUUCAGUGAGUCUGUUGAAAAGAUUUCGCUAAAUGCUUAAGAAUUAAAUGAAUAAAUCUAAUCAAUGUCUUAAUAUUAACAAAUACAUUUAACAACAUAUACUACUGUGCAAAAGUCAGAGACCACUGUUCAUUCAAUAUCCAGCUGAAAUGGUCAUUAAGUUAGUUAUUUAUUAAUUUUUCAGGAAAACAUUUCUGAGAUGAUUAGAUAUACAGUAAUCCACUUGCAUAUGUAAGGGAAGAGAGGAAAAAAGGGAAAAUACAUGAAAAAAUCAGAGUCUCCAAAACAGAAGUUUAGAAAAUGAUUUAAAGGCCUAGAGAAAAAGAACACAACAUCUGUUAGACCAUCAACACUCUCACCAUCAGAUAAACAGUCCUUAAAGCUUUCCCCUUUGUGAAAGAGGAAAAAAAUCUAUCUGCUUUUAUUUCAGAUUUGUAAGACAACUCCAUGCUAUGAGUCUGAAAGGACGUGUAGCUCUCAAGAAGCCAUUACUGAGAAAAGGAAAUGGACAAUUUUUUUUUAACUAGAACACAAACUGGAGAUGUGUUCUAAGGUUUUACGGACUCAAAGAGUCUAAAUUUGUAAUUUGGCUUACAAAAAAAAAAAAAAAAAAAUCAAACAACUCCUAAAACUGAAAUUUGAAGGUGUAGAAAAAUAUCCAUGCAGAUUUCUUUAAAAGACUGAAAGCAACUUUUCCGAAUGAAUAGACCUGAUGGCCAUUUUCACUGGAAAUUCAAUAAAUGAGAGGUGGCCAAUGGCCUUUGCACAGUACUGUAUUUACUCUAAUGAACUGUUCAAAGUGUUGUUUUUUUUCAUUCUGGAUUUCAACAGAAUACCAAGUAACUGAAUACUUAUCUGAAGGCUAAAAGUUAUGGACAUUUAAUAAUAAAAUUAAAGAUGUUACUAAUAAA